AUGCACCUCACCGGCCACCAAAACACGUACAAGCGGGAGAGAAUCUCCACCAGGAAAUCGCCUACUGACGCCGGUGGAUUCCCUCGCCAUCCGUCCACCACUGCCUUCAAGAUUGACGGGCCGAGAAAAUUUGGCCGAUCUGAAAUAAAAAAAAUGGAAGGGCUGAUGCCUGCGAGCGUAGCGAGGGAAGUGGAGCGGAGCGAGCAGGCAUCAGCCCCUAUUGGGCUGGGUCGAUUAGUUGGGCCGGGGGUGCGGGGGCGAAGGCCCCGCGGUACGAUUUUGGACGAAUUCUAUGAAAUUUUAAAUCUGAAGGUAGGAUUUAAAGUGGGAUUCCGUAUAAGGUACGUAGCGGUGGGAAACGAGCCAUUCCUAUCAACCUACAACGGCACGUUCGAGUCCACGACCUUCCCAGCCCUCCAAAACAUCCAGGCAGCCCUCAUCAAGGCCGGUCUCGGCAACCGCGUCAAAGUCACGGUCCCUCUCAACGCCGACGUCUACCAGAGCCCCUCCCAACUCCCAUCAUCCGGCGACUUCCGCCCCAACAUUCGCGACCUCAUGCUCCAAAUUGUCUCCUUCCUCGCCCAGAACGGCUCCCCCUUCACCGUCAACAUCUACCCUUUCAUCAGCCUCUACAAUGACCCGGGAUUCCCCAUCGACUACGCCUUCUUCAACGGUUACUCGUCCCCCAUUGUCGAUGGGACCCGCACCUACACAAACGUCUUUGAUGCCAAUUACGACACCCUCGUCUGGGCCCUUUACAACAACGGCUUCCCAAACAUGACCAUCAUCGUGGGCGAGAUCGGGUGGCCCACCGACGGGGACCGCAACGCCAACCCGGGCUACGCCCAGAGGUUCAAUCAGGGUUUUCUAUCCCGAGUCAACCAAGGGACGCCCAUGAGGCCCGGCCCAAUCGACGCCUACCUUUUCAGCCUAGUGGACGAGGACGCGAAGAGUAUCCAACCGGGGAAUUUCGAGCGCCACUGGGGGAUUUUCUACUACGACGGCACCUCAAAGUACAACCUCAGCUUGGGGCCGAGAGGCACGGUGGUGGGGGCGCAGGGCGUCCGCCGCCUCCCUGGGAGGUGGUGCGUGAUGGCCGGGAAUGCCAGGCUGGACGACCCGCAGGUGGCGGACAGCGUGGCAUACGCGUGCUCGAGGGCCGACUGCACGAGCCUCGGGUACGGGACCUCGUGCGGGAGCCUGGACGCAAGGGGGAACAUAUCGUACGCGUUCAAUAGCUACUACCAGAUUCAAGACCAGCGGGCGGAUGCGUGUAGGUUCGCGAACCUGUCGAUGGUUGUUACAAGGGAUCCGUCGGUCGGGACAUGCCGGUUUGGGGUCAUGAUCGACACCAGGGGAGGGGGGAGCGAGUGGGGCCCGCCUAGUUUGUUGAUUCAGAUGGUUGUGUUGGUGGUGGCUAUUUUUGCGUAG